GUCGAGGUCACACCGCUGCGCAUCACCACUGGCUCUGAGUCUGAGCCUUCCUUCCUCUUAACUGCUCCAUCAUGCUUCUCUCCACGCAGGUGGUCGCUGUGGUGUUCCAGGCAGUACUGGUGGCUGGGACACCCUUCACACUCUUCUGGUCAAGAGACCAGGUGCCGCAGAAGAGUGAGGGAGAGGAACGAGCAGCAGGGAGCAGCGAUGUGGUCACGAAACUAUACGCAGACACUAUAGCUCCCACAACACAAUAUGCACAGUCUGAAUCAGAAGACCUAACAGAACAAUUCCCUAUUUAUUCCAACGCAUCAACAGUACAAAAUAGUGAUGAAAUUUUGACUACAACAGAUGCAGCUGCUGAAACGACGCUGGUGCAAAAUACUGAAAUAAUAAAAACAAAUUUGGACGCAACUGUUGAUAACAUUCCUGUUCGCAAAAAUACGGAGACGACGACGCCUGCAGAGAACAAUACAGAAAUAACGAGUUUGCCAUUUCCAGUUAACUCUGUCAACUCGGGAGAAAUUUCCACCCAACAGGUAACAACGUUCGCACCUGAAUCUGAAAAGAAAAUUGAGAUGCUAUUAAAAAAUAAUGCAUCGAAGUUUCACCAGAAUGCUGGUUUGGAAUACCAGCAGCAAAGUGUCAGUUCUGUUAUCGAUACGUUGAGAAGCGCUCUGGCGAAUGCUGAGGAUGAGAAGCCUGCAGAGGAUCCUGCCAUAGAGCAAUCUAAACUACAUUAUAUAACUAUUUGGAAUCAGGAAGCAGAUCGACUAAAUGCUCCUUAUAUGAAAGUAACGAAGGCAUGGCCAGAAAUCGGGAUGGUCUACAUGCCAUUGGUGAACAAGUUGUCCGACCAGAUUCAGAAUUCUGAGUUAGUUAAGGAAGCAGCUCAGAAGUUCAAAGUUGUAUGGGAGGAGACACAUUCUGCUAAAGAUUCCACCAGCUCAUCAAAUCUGCCAAUUCUUAAUGUCCUCAACAACUUCAUGAAUGCUUGGUCUUGGGCGGUGGGCGCAGAAGAUGGGACUGAUGCCAUUAGUGCCCAUUCAGCCAGUGACGUCAAUAGAAUUGAUGGUGUCUUGAACAAUUUACUUAAAUAUAGUACUUUACCUUUGGAAUCGGUACACUCUCCAGUUUUUGAGGACAACCCUAUUUUAGAGCAAGUUGGUGAUAAAAAACAAAAAUAUUCUCCUGCUAAAAUUAAUAUACAAUCAACAAAGAAUUUUAGACCAGUUGAAACUUUAAAACCGUUACCUGAUUCUUCAGCACCAGGCUCUGGCAUAAAGCAGACACAACUAAAUUUCUUCAGACCUGCCUCUAUACCAUCCCCUGCGUCACCAUCUACCGUACACAUGCCUACCUUAACAGAUCAGAGACCGUGUGCUAACAAUCACGGACCUGAAGCAGAUCACAUUUCAAUUGAUGACUACAGUCCAUCUCGCCCUGAUACGCAGACUGAGAAACCUAUUAAUCCCAUAGUAGCCAUAAGACCCAUCAUACCCACUCAUGCAGCUCCCAUAUCAACUGAAGCUCCUGUAAAUCAAAGACCUAUUUUUUCAAGACCAGCUGAAGGACCCAAUGACUUUCCGAGACAUACUGCUUUAAGACCAUUUAGUCACCAUGCUGCCAUUCCUCAUCCAAAUAUUCAAAGACAAAACCUACCUGGGAUUCAAAGACAAAACCUACCUGGGAUUCAAAGACAAAACCUACCUGGGAUUCAAAGACCUGUUAACUGGCAUUCAACAUUGUAUCCCUUUAAAUCAAUAUAUGAUGACAGAUAUUCCUAUGAUUCUGAAGGUGACUCACAUUCCUAUGAUUCUGAAGGCGACUCAAAUUCCUAUGAAUCUUUUAUGCAUGAUACGAUCCCACUUCCCUUUUAUUUAUUGCGUAAAAGGUAA